AAAGACAGAAAAAUGGAGGAAUCUGUAAACCAAAUGCAGCCACUGAAUGAGAAGCAGAUAGCUAAUUCUGAAGGCGGAUAUGUGUGGCAAGUCACUGAUAUGAAUCGGCUACACCGGUUCUUGUGUUUUGGUUCGGAAGGUGGGACUUACUAUAUCAAAGAACAGAAGCUAGGCCUUGAGAAUGCCGAAGCUUUAAUCAGAUUGAUUGAAGAUGGCAGAGGAUGUGAAGUGAUACAGGAAAUAAAGUCCUUCAGUCAAGAAGGCAGAACCGCAAAGCAGGAACCCACACUCUUUGCCCUGGCCAUUUGCUCCCAGUGUUCCGACAUAAGCACCAAACAAGCCGCCUUCAAAGCUGUUCCUGAAGUUUGUCGUAUCCCUACACACCUCUUUACUUUCAUCCAGUUUAAGAAAGAUCUGAAGGAAAGCAUGAAGUGUGGCAUGUGGGGUCGUGCCCUCCGGAAGGCUGUAGCAGACUGGUAUAAUGAAAAGGGUGGCAUGGCCCUCGCCCUGGCAGUUACAAAAUACAAACAAAGAAACGGCUGGUCUCACAAAGAUCUGUUAAGAUUGUCACAUCUUAAACCUUCCAGUGAAGGACUUGCUAUUGUCACCAAAUAUAUUACAAAGGGCUGGAAAGAGGUCCAUGAAAUGUAUAAAGAAAAAGCGCUUUCUGUGGAGGCUGAAAAAUUAUUAAAGUAUCUCGAGGCUGUAGAGAAAGUGAAGCGCACGAAAGAUGAACUGGAAGUCAUUCAUCUGAUAGAAGAGCACAGGCUGGUUAGGGAGCACCUCCUAACAAAUCACUUAAAGUCGAGAGAGGUAUGGAAGGCUUUGUUACAAGAAAUGCCUCUCACAGCAUUACUAAGGAAUCUGGGAAAGAUGACAGCUAAUUCAGUGCUUGAACCAGGAAACUCAGAAGUGUCUUUAGUAUGUGAAAAGCUGUGUAAUGAAAAACUGUUAAAAAAGGCUCGUAUACAUCCAUUUCAUGUUUUAAUUGCGUUAGAAACUUAUAAGACAGGUCAUGGGCUCAGAGGAAAACUGAAGUGGCGCCCUGAUGAAGAAAUUCUGCAAGCUUUGGAUGCUGCUUUUUAUAAAACGUUUAAGACAGUUGAGCCAACUGGAAAGCGCUUCUUACUGGCAAUUGAUGUCAGUGGUUCUAUGAACCAAAGAGUUUUGGGUAGUGUACUCAACGCAAGCACAGUAGCUGCAGCGAUGUGCAUGGUUGUCACACGAACAGAGAAAGAUUCUUCUAUAGUUGCUUUUUCAGAUGAAAUGGUACCAUGUCCAGUGACUACAGAUAUGACCUUACAACAAGUUUUACUGGCUAUGAGUCAGAUCCCAGCAGGUGGAACUGAUUGCUCUCUUCCAAUGAUCUGGGCUCAAAAGACAAAUACAGCUGCCGAUGUCUUCAUUGUAUUCACUGAUAAUGAGACCUUUGCUGGAAGUGUCCAUCCUGCUGUCGCUCUGAGGGAAUAUCGAAAGAAUAUGGAUAUUCCAGCUAAACUGAUUGUUUGUGGAAUGACAUCAAGUGGCUUUACCAUUGCAGACCCAGAUGAUAGAGGCAUGCUGGACAUGUGUGGCUUUGAUACUGGAGCCCUGGAUGUGAUUCGAAGUUUCACAUUAGAUAUGAUUUAA